UUGAGUUGAAGCUGGACAAUUGUGAAACCUUAUUUGAUAAGGUUGUUACAGACCAUCUUCCAAGUUUGAUCUCCUGUAUGUUACAUGUAAAACGUGGGUAAAUGUCUAUGGCAUUAUUGUUUAUGUGGAAUACGUCAUUAGUAACAUUUAACAUGUAACACAGCACGUGAACUUUGACCAAGUAAUUUUAUUGACGUCAUUGGAAACAGUCUGUCUCCAUUGUAAGAACGUGUAGGUUUCCAACUUUAGGUUUACUCCUGAUGGCAGACAGUCAGCCAUCUGUGCAUCUCAACAAUGGCACUUGGAUGCCUCUGUUGGGUCUGGGCACAUUCCGUUUACAGGGACAAGAGGACACCUACAAUGCUGUGGAUGCUGCUUUGACAGCAGGUUACCGUGCUUUUGACACAGCUGCAGUGUAUCGUAAUGAAGCACACAUAGGUCAUGCCCUCCGUUGCCUGCUGCCUAAGCAUGGACUCUCACGAGAGGAUGUUUUCAUAUGCAGUAAACUGGGUCCCAAGGAUCAGGGCUCCAAAGCAAAGCAUGGCUGCCUAAGGAGUCUGGAUCAGUUGGGACUAGGCUACAUUGACCUAUACCUUAUUCAUUGGCCAGGUACUCAAGGGCUGCCAGUGGGGGAUACACAAAACCCUGGAAACCGUGCUCAAAGCUGGGCAGUUUUGGAGGAAUUCUACUCUGAAGGAAAGUUUCGAGCAAUUGGGGUAUCUAAUUACACUAUAGAUCAUAUGCGGGAGCUUCUGAAGAUUUGUAAAGUCUCCCCGGCUGUUCUUCAGGUGGAGUUCCACCCAAAGCUGGCCCAAAAGGAGCUGAGAGGACUGUGUGAGGAGAGGGGUGUGUGUUUUCAGGCAUAUUCCUCUCUUGGAACAGGAGUUCUUUUGUCAGACCCUGUGGUCCAGGACGUAGCUAGAGAGUGUGGCAGGACAUCAGCCCAGGUGUUGCUGAGGUGGGCUGUACAACAGAAUAUUCCAGUACUGCCAAAAUCAAGUCAGCCAAAACGCGUGGAGGAGAACAGGUGUCUGUUUGACUUCGAGCUUGGCGAGAAAGACAUGGAAAGGCUCUCUGCUCUUGAUUGUGGGGAGAAGUUUUGCUGGGAUCCCACACAAGUGUUGUAAAGACAACUAAAGGGAUAGUUCCCCCAAAAUGAAAAUUCUCAUGCCAUCCCAGAUGUGCAUGACUUUGUUUUUCUGCAGAACACAUUAUGUAGGCUCUGUAGGUCCAUACAAUGUAAGUGCCAACAUGUUAUGCCCCAAAAAGCACAUAAAGCCAUCAGAAUAGUAAUCAUAUUUUCAGAAGGGAUAUUAAAGGUGUGAGUGAGAAACAGAUAAAAAAAAUAUAGAAAUUCUUCUUCCUGCCCAGUAGAUGGCGAUAUGUAUGAAGAAUGUGAAUCACCAAAAACAGAAGAAGAAUGUGAAAGUUGAAGUGGAGAUUGACUGAGCAGGUAAGAUAAUUUGUAGUACAAUGAUUUAAAUAUUAAUUUGUUUCUCACCCACACCUAUUCUUCUGAAGACAUGAAUUUUACCACUGGAGUCAUAUGGGGUACUUUUAUGCUGAUUUGUGAUUUUUGGCACCCACUCAUUUACAUUGUAUGGACCAAAAGAGCUGAGAAGUUCAGCAGAUGAAAGAAAGUCAUCCACAUCUGCGAUGGCAUAAGAGUGAGUAAAUUUAUAAGACUUUUUUUUGGGUGAACUAUUCCUUUCAUUGACAAGAACUCAAAUUAUUGCUUAACUGAUCAAAAUUCCAAGGUUCAGAUGUUAUUGUGACAAGUGCCAAGGCACAAUUAUAAGUCCCAGUCCCACUGCAUACAAAUAUGCCUCUUUUUUUGGAGAUUAGCUGGCUGACACAAACUUGCUUGACAAUUCAAUAGUUAAAGGAAUAGUUCACCC